GUUCGCAUUCCCUGCUCCCGGCCACCAUCCGCCCCGUCCGGAAUCCCCCUCCUCCUGUCCAAAGUUGUGAGGGGGCGCCGCGCUCGGGGUGUCCGGCGUGCUAGCGGAGCGGCCGCCGCUGGCGUGCGGAGGGCGGGAGGAGCCCUGAAGCGCCAGGUGCUCGCCGUGGGUUCGGCGCCGCUGGGCGGGCGCGGCCGCGCAAGGGGCCGUCUUGGGGUGGGGUGGAGGGCGGGCCCGCCUCGUCGCCCCCGGUUUCUCAGGGCACAACCCGCUAGCUGACAGCUGGGAGAGCGCCGAGGGGACCCCCGGGAGAAUAAGCUCCCGGAAGGCUGCGGUGCGGCGUCCCAGCUAAGCGUCUCGCCUUAAUCACCCCAGGGUGCGGGGUGGUCCCGCUGACAGCUCGCAGUCCGCGGGCCCGGGAUUUUCUGGACUGAAGUCGGCGCGGCGUGGGGACGGGUGGGCAGCGGGCAGGGGAUGCAGUGCUCCCUGGGCUCCGCGCGGGGGCUGGAUGGAGGGGCUGAUCUCGGCGCGCGCCUCUCCUCCCACCUGGGUUCCUGCCUCCUCGGGCUGUGGCUGUGCCUCCCUGUCGGGGUGGGUUGGUUUGUUUGGUUUAUUUCUUCUCUCCACCCCUUUUUUUCCUCCUCCAUUCUCUUUUCCCCCUCUCAGCCCAUUCACCGGGCUGAAUCGAGACCUCGCCCCUCCUCCUCUCCCGCCUCCCGGCCCUUGCCUCCUCUAAUGAGCAUCUCUGCCUUGCUUUCAAUGGGCCGGUUCUGCUGUCGCUGCUGCUGCCCGCGCGGGUUGUGGAUGUUGUCGGCUCCGUGUUGUGAGGACAGGAGAAUGUGUGUGUGUCCCGGGCCCAGACGAAUUGGAAUCCCAGUCAGAAGUUCCAGCCUGCCGCUAUUCUCUGAUGCCAUGCCAGCACCAACUCAACUAUUUUUUCCUCUCAUCCGUAAUUGUGAACUGAGCAGAAUCUAUGGCACUGCGUGUUACUGCCACCACAAACAUCUCUGCUGUUCAUCACCCUACGUUCCUCAGAGUCGCCUGAGAUAUACUCCCCAUCCGGCAUAUGCUACCUUUUGCAGGCCAAAGGAGAACUGGUGGCAGUACACCCAGGGAAGAAGAUAUGCUUCCACACCGCAGAAAUUUUACCUCACACCUCCACAAGUCAACAGCAUUCUUAAAGCUAAUGAAUAUAGUUUCAAAGUGCCAGAAUUUGAUGGCAAAAAUGUCAGUUCUGUCCUUGGGUUUGACAGCAAUCAGCUGCCUGCAAAUGCACCCAUUGAAGAUCGGAGAAGUGCAGCAACCUGCUUGCAGACUAGAGGGAUGCUUUUGGGAGUUUUCGAUGGCCAUGCAGGCUGUGCUUGUUCUCAGGCUGUCAGUGAAAGACUCUUUUAUUAUAUUGCUGUCUCUUUGUUACCCUAUGAGACUUUGCUAGAGAUAGAAAAUGCAGUGGAGAGUGGUCGGGCACUGCUACCCAUCCUCCAGUGGCACAAGCACCCCAACGAUUACUUCAGUAAAGAGGCAUCCAAGUUGUACUUCAACAGCUUGAGGACUUACUGGCAAGAGCUGAUAGACCUCAACACUGGCGAAUCAACUGAUAUUGAUGUUAAGGAGGCUUUAAUUAAUGCUUUCAAGAGGCUUGAUAAUGACAUCUCUUUGGAGGCUCAAGUUGGUGAUCCUAAUUCUUUCCUCAAUUACCUGGUGCUUCGAGUGGCAUUUUCUGGGGCCACCGCUUGUGUGGCCCAUGUGGAUGGUGUUGACCUUCAUGUGGCCAAUACUGGUGAUAGCAGAGCCAUGCUAGGUGUGCAGGAAGAGGAUGGCUCUUGGUCAGCAGUGACACUGUCUAAUGACCACAAUGCUCAGAAUGAAAGAGAACUAGAACGGUUGAAAUUGGAACACCCAAAGAAUGAGGCCAAGAGUGUGGUGAAACAGGAUCGGCUGCUUGGCCUGCUGAUGCCAUUUAGAGCUUUUGGAGAUGUAAAGUUCAAAUGGAGCAUUGACCUUCAAAAGAGAGUGAUAGAAUCUGGCCCAGAUCAGCUGAAUGAAAACGAGUAUACCAAGUUUAUCCCUCCUAAUUAUUACACACCACCAUAUCUCACUGCUGAGCCAGAAGUAACUUACCACCGGUUAAGGCCACAGGAUAAGUUUCUGGUAUUGGCUACUGAUGGACUGUGGGAGACUAUGCAUAGGCAGGAUGUGGUUAGGAUUGUGGGUGAGUACCUAACUGGCAUGCAUCACCAACAGCCGAUAGCUGUUGGUGGCUACAAGGUGACUCUGGGACAGAUGCAUGGCCUUUUAACAGAAAGGAGAACCAAAAUGUCCUCAGUAUUUGAGGAUCAGAAUGCAGCAACCCAUCUCAUCCGCCAUGCUGUGGGCAACAAUGAGUUCGGGACAGUUGAUCAUGAGCGCCUCUCCAAAAUGCUUAGUCUUCCUGAAGAGCUUGCUCGUAUGUACAGAGAUGACAUUACAAUCAUUGUGGUUCAGUUCAAUUCUCAUGUCGUGGGGGCAUAUCAAAACCAGGAAUAGUGAGUGGAUCUUACCCUGGCAGUUCUCAAAUGAAAUAAAUUUAAAGGGCAGAAAAUUUUUUUUAAAGUUACUAAUAUAAUAAACAUUUCCAGAGGGUCACUCCAAGCAUUUACCCAUUUGAUACCCUAGCUAGUCAAAUACUCCAGACUGACUUUGCAACAGGGUGGCAGGAUCAUGAGAGUCUGUUUCUGCCUAGUUUAGCCCUCAUAGCACCUGCACUUUUGAAGCAAGUUAUUUCCUCAUUGUAGGUGUCUUGAAAUAUUGGUUGCUUUUACCAACCUGAGAAAAUUAGGAUUACCUAACAAGUAGAAUUUUGAAUAGACCAAAAGCAAGGAUCUUGUUGGGUGUAGUCUAUUGGAAAAAAAGGAGAAACAAUAUUCUUCACCCCUUCAGACCCCUGUCUUCACUAAGAUCCCAAUGUACACGAGAACAUGUAUUUAUUGCAUGGUUUUCUAGGUAUAUAAUCUAUGCAUUAUUCAUAUAAAUUUACUUUGGCCUGAUAUGGUUUUCAAAUCCAGUACUUAAAGCCAUAAAUGACCAAGAACCAAGC